AUGGCUCUCAACAACAAUCAACUACCAGUGGAAAGCCAAGCUACGACACCCAUCGGGAUCAAGGCUGCUAGCUCGUCUGUGGGGACCAAGAAAAAUCAUGGGAGGCAUGCUCACCGAGUCAGGAAGAAAAGCCAGCCUGCUCCAACCAGGGAAAAAUCAGGAAGCAAAGCAAACAAUAAGGAAGAAAGUAAGAACCUUAAAAACAAGAUAGAAGACCUGAUCAAAUGGGGUUAUCUGAAACAAUUCAUCAAGGAUGAACGACGACUUGAAGAUCAAGGCAAAGAGGUACCCCAAGCAAGUCGGGAGCAAGAUGCAGCUCCCAAAAACCAGCAACAAGAGCGACCUGUCCAGGGAACAAUCAAUAUGAUCACAGGAGGAUCGAUUAUCGCCGGAUGCACCACCUCAGCAAGUAAGAACUCAAUCAAGGAAGUGGAGCAAGAAGACAGCAACCCAUCGAAGCGCCCAAAGAGAGAAGAGGUAAUCUACUUUACCAAGGACAACAUGUAUGGAAUCCAAUACCCGCAUGAUGAUGCCUUGGUAAUAAGGCUACUCAUCAACGACUUCAAGGUGAAAAGAAUUCUUGUCAAUUCUGGUAGCUUAGGUGAUAUUUUGUUCUUGGAGGACUUUGAGCGGAUGGAGCUUGGCAAAGCCGACCUACAGCCCGCCAAUGUCCCCCUAAUAGACUUCAACGGAGAGGUAGUUUGGCUUAUAGACAAAGUAAGAGUACUAGAGGAAGCAGGUUCGCCUCUCCACACGAUGCGGUUUGACCACGAAUUCCUAGUGGUCGCCACCCCUUCUCCAUACAACACCAUAUUAAGUCCACCGAUCCUACAUACCCUCCGAGCUAUUGUUUUGACAUACCAUCUGGUGGUGAAAUUCCCUACUGACACAGGCAUUGGAGUAUUGCGAGGUGAUUAG